AUGACGUAUCUGUACUGGCUUCUGCUCCUGCCAGCAUUGACUGUAAACGGUAACAUUUGAGGUUUCUUUUUGUUUUUUUUCGGAACUUUCACUUUCGUUUCCCACAUGUUGUCAUAAAUUAGGAGCAAAAAGCAAAUGCCUUUCUAAAUAUAAUAAUAUUUAUAAAGUUCUUUGGUGUUUAUAAUUAAAGCAUGACAAAAAUAUUGUUUUCACAUUUAAGCCAAGUACAGACUAUGUCCAAACGAUGGUCAACCAAGGACAAACGAAGAUGGGUCCUUGCUACAGUGUCUUCCAGGUAAGUCUUAUAUAUACCAAAAUAUUCUACUCAUCUUGAAAUAUUACGCUUUAUUACCAUUUGUAACAUAAACUUAAAUUUUGAAUAACUCUGCGUAAUUUUAGGCCAAGACUCAAUUGAUGUGUGUGGCAAAGGAUAUUCUUGCUUCUUUUCUGGCUUCAACUACCAAUGUUGUCCAACGAACGAGGAAGAAGCUCCACCUCCGCAUGUUGACUGCCCUCGAGGUGCUAUGGCAGUUCUAGAUUCCGCCGGAUAUCCAGUAAAAUGUUCAACCUUGGGAAUAUACUGUCCCAAAGUAGGUAAAACUAUAAAUGUUAUUAUAUUAGUGUUGAAAAGCAUAAACUUCCAAAAUAUGCUGAAAAAAAUCAUAAUUUUUACGUGUCCGAAUUAUUGCUACUUCUUUCAGAAGGACAUGUUCUGUUUUGACGGUGCUGAAUCACCGUUCUGCUGUGAAUAUCCCAAGAACAAACCGACUGAAUCCCCCAUUCCUCGAGAAGCUGAAGAGUUCUUCAAAGAUGACGAAGACCAAGUAAUCGAAAACAAAACACACGAUGACAUUCAGAAUUCAGAAGUACUAGAAUGUCCAGCUAACAGUUUGACCAUCUUGAGCGACGAAGGGAAACCUUUCCAUUGUCACGGUAGCCAUGUCUGUCCACGGGUUAGCAAUAGAUUUCAUUUUUUAUUGACGUAGAUACACUUACUGUAAUAACACACAUAUAAUAACAUGUCUGUUGAUAGAAUUCUCAGUUGUAAUCUAUUUUAAUUUCCAGGGUUUGUACUGUUACGAAGAAAAGAAGAUUUGCUGUGAAAAUAGUGACACAGCAACAGAACCAGCUAACUCUGUAACAGAAACAUCAACAGCUACAACGACAACAACUGUAUCAACCACAAAAAUAACCACUACUGCUCCUACCACAACAUCAACUACAUCGACAACUACUAAAAAGACAACUCCAACAACAGAUUCUCAACAACCAGUAAGAAUCCACGCAGUAAAAACUGCCACAAAAGAGCCAAGUUACAAACAACAUCCGAAUGGGGGAUACAGUUUGAAUGACCGACCUGCCAAUAAGCUAAACCAGGAAGUGAGAAAGCAAGAACUCGUCCAGCACUACCUACUAGAAGAAAUCAAGAGAGGGUGGCCAUAUGACGACAGAUACUACAGACCCGAAAGUAAGUAAUGCUGAUGGAAAAGUAAAAACAAAAAGCUUGUCUUUACUUCCUAGAGCAUUAACCAAUAUCAAUAAAACAAUGCCGGUGUGUAAAACCUACUUACCAAUUUACUUUCAGACAUAGUGACGGAGAAAGAAAACGGGUCAACAGCAGCGAUUGUACACUUCAAUUAG